UCCUGGCCCUGUUAAUGUCGGGGUCAGGCCCUGGGAGGAUGGCGCCUUAGAGCCCAGCCUUGCUGGGGUAGGGGCGGGAGGGGUCGGGGUGGGAACCGGCCAUGUCGGAGGUGACCCGGAGUCUGCUGCAGCGCUGGGGCGCCAGUUUUAGGAGAGGCGCCGACUUCGACUCUUGGGGCCAGCUGGUGGAGGCGAUAGACGAGUAUCAGAUAUUGGCAAGACAUCUACAAAAAGAGGCCCAAGCUCAACACAAUAAUUCUGAAUUCACAGAAGAGCAAAAGAAAACCAUAGGCAAAAUUGCAACAUGCUUGGAAUUACGAAGUGCAGCUUUACAGUCCACACAGUCCCAGGAAGAAUUUAAACUGGAGGACCUGAAGAAGCUAGAACCAAUCCUAAAGAAUAUUCUCACCUAUAAUAAAGAAUUUCCAUUUGAUGUUCAGCCUGUCCCAUUAAGAAGAAUUUUAGCACCUGGUGAGGAAGAGCAUUUGGAAUUUGAAGAAGAUGAAGAAGAAGGUGGUGCUGGAGCAGGGUCUCCUGAUUCUUUUCCUGCUAGAGUUCCUGGUACUCUAUUACCAAGGUUGCCAUCGGAACCCGGAAUGACAUUGCUCACUAUCAGGAUUGAGAAAAUUGGUCUGAAAGAUGCUGGACAGUGCAUCGAUCCCUAUAUCACAGUUAGUGUAAAGGAUCUGAAUGGCAUAGAUUUAACUCCUGUGCAAGACACGCCUGUGGCUUCAAGAAAAGAAGAUACAUAUGUUCAUUUUAAUGUGGACAUUGAGCUCCAGAAGCAUAUUGAAAAAUUAACCAAAGGUGCAGCUAUCUUCUUUGAAUUCAAACACUACAAGCCUAAAAAAAGGUUUACCAGCACCAAGUGUUUUGCUUUCAUGGAGAUGGAUGAAAUUAAACCUGGGCCAAUUGUAAUAGAACUAUACAAGAAACCCACUGACUUUAAAAGAAAGAAAUUGCAGUUAUUGACCAAGAAACCACUUUAUCUUCAUCUACAUCAGACUUUGCACAAGGAAUGAAUAACCUGGAACUUGUGUGAAUUUUACCACUCAGUAGAAACAUCAUAGCUCUGUAUAGCAUAUUCACCCAUCAGGAGGCAGGAAGUGAGCCAUACCCAUAGGCCAGUGAGUCCAUUGCAAAACUGUACCGAGAACUAAAGUCCAGCACCUCACUGUCAUAUAAGACUCCUUUGGAUACAGGUUUAUUGUAGAUUUUGAAACAUGUUUUUACUUUUCUAUAACUUGUGCAAUUAAUAGUGUUUUCCAAUUUACCACUGUUACUACCCUGCUUCUUGGAACAGUACUGCUGUGGUAGGUAUGCUCAUCUUCAAACUUAAUACAGCAAUAAGAAUGUGCUAGAGUUUACACAUUUGCUUUCUUUUGCUCCAAUAUGCUCUUUUUGUUUGAAUUAACUUCAAACUUUGAAGUGGGUAGCAUAGUAUCAGAUACAGCUUUGAAGGGAAUUGGACCAGUUAUGGUCUGUCUUAUAGGCUGUUCCUUACAGGUAUCCAAAAUUCACCCUGAUCUGAUAGUUCUGCUUAGAAAUAGUGUGCCUUGGCCAGAUCAGUAUCCCAAAUGGGAGUGUUCCCCAGAUUGUAGCUGUGAUUUUUUUCCAGAUAACCAUAUUGUUUUUCUGAAAGUGAGCAUAUUUUUAGUCAUGUUGAUUAGUUGUUCUUCUGCGUCACAUUGCUAUUCUUUCCAAUAAUGAUUUUUGGGUUAACAUUGAAACCAUGUCAGAAUAAUUGCAAAUUUUUUCAUGGGUUUAUAUGUCUUCUAAAUCAUGUCAUCUAAAAAUAAGUGGGUCAGAUGCUAAUGAGAUACUGCAGAAAUAACUGCUGUUUUUCCAGCAGAUUGUGAAACCUUAAAACUUGCAUACUCAUCUUUAAAGUGAAGAGUAUGCAAAAUCUGGAAAGACAUUCUAUUUUUCUUAACAUAGGUAGAUAGGAUUACCAUUUAUUUCGUAUUUAGAUCUAUUGACAUUCAUCCCUAUGAAAUUUUGCAGGUCAUUAGCCUAUUAUAAUUGGAUUGUUUGCAUUACUUUUGACUUCAUGAUGAGACAUAAAUAAGUUUCAUAGUACAUGAGGUGAAUAUUUGAUACACAGUACAUUAAGAUUUGUGAGGAGCUUUUGUGGGUUAGAUGUACCACUCACAUUUUUUAACAUUCACUCUUUUACAUGAACAAUGCAUGAGGGGAAUGCAGUGUCAAUACUUGGCCUAUUUUUCAACUAGUGUAAAUCCUAGUCAUACCAGUCAAUGUUUGCUUUUUAAAACAAGUAACAGUUGUUUUAGUCCGUGCACUUCAAGAGAUCUAGUCUUUAUUUUCAGUUGUCUAUUAGGUCAAUUCUGUUUACUAAAUGAAUGUUAAUAAAAACUCUAUGAGCCUGAAAGAAUUCUCAA